UUAUUUGAAAAUUGGCUAGUACAUUAUGUCGCAUUACUUCUCUGCCAAUCUGUCAACGUGACAUGUCCCAUAUUAAAACUCACAAAUUCCACCAUUUCGCCCACUUCACACCAACUAUUUCCAGCCACCCCAUCUCACCCCACCCUAACACAUAUACAUACACAGUAUAUAUUAGUACAUAUUCUUAGUCCUUGUAUGAAAUGGAAGCAAAGUGUCAAGAACAAGAACCUCAAGAAAAUGAUGUUGAUUCUCCUCUGUCUGGUGAUGAAGCAACUGAAGGAAUUUACGAGCCAUCCCCGAAGAAAAGUAGGAAAGAAGCAAACAAGAGGGUGGUGACAGUACCAAUUGGCGACGGCGGCCGGAGUAAAGGAGAGGUGUAUCCACCGCCGGAUUCUUGGUCUUGGAGAAAAUAUGGACAAAAACCUAUAAAGGGUUCACCUUAUCCGAGGGGAUACUAUAGGUGUAGCAGCGCAAAAGGGUGCCCAGCUAGAAAACAAGUAGAGCGGAGCCGCCUUGAACCCAUCAAGCUCCUAAUCACCUACUUUUGUGAACAUAACCACCCUCUCGUAGCCACCACCAAGCACCACCACCACCACCACCUCUCCACUGACUCCAACUCCACCUCCACAUCACUUCCAGCCAAAUUUCCUCCGGAGGAAUGUGCCGUCUUUGCUAGCCAACCGGACUUGGAGCCAGCCGAUAAUAGCUUUUCUGAGCUUGCCGGAGAGCUUGGGUGGUUAGCCGACCUGGAAUCCACCGUAAUGGACUGCCCUACCCUUGUGGGGCCUUCAUGGGCUCAUUCGGACGUGGAAGUCUUCAUGCCUAUUGGCGAAGAGGAUGAGUCUUUAUAUGGUGAUCUCGGGGACUUGCCGGAGUCCUUGGUGGUCCUCCGGCGGCGCGGUGUAGAGACACCAUGUUGCGAGGGCACCAGAUAAUAGAAAUGUUGACAAAUUUCCAAUGUAAUAGAUUCAAAGUAAAUAUAUGUGAAGAUCACAUUUUCAUUUUCCUCCUUCCAUGUACCGAUUUCUUGAAAAAGGAAGAGAAAAAAAGGGAUAUUUUUAAUUUUUGUACA